UUUCCGGUCUGGCAGUCGAGGAAACUGUAAAAGCUAUGCCGGGGAGGCGGCGCGGAGCUUGAUUCACCUUCACCUGCGCUGGGCACCCGCUGACCCCAGGUCUCCGCCCGGAGAGCAGUGAGAUAUGAACGGACGGGUGGAUUAUUUAGUCUCGGAGGAAGAGAUCAACCUGACGAGAGGACCCUCGGGGCUGGGCUUCAACAUCGUCGGUGGGACAGAUCAACAGUAUGUCUCCAACGACAGUGGCAUCUACGUCAGCCGCAUCAAAGAGGAUGGGGCUGCGGCCCAGGAUGGGCGGCUUCAGGAGGGUGAUAAGAUCCUCUCGGUAAAUGGUCAAGACCUGAAGAACCUGUUGCACCAAGAUGCUGUAGACCUCUUUCGUAAUGCAGGAUGUGCUGUGUCCCUGAGAGUACAGCACAGAUUACCAGUGCAGAAUGGACCUAUAGUACAUCGAGGCGAAGGAGAGCCAAGUGGAGUUCCUGUAGCUAUGGUGCUGCUACCAGUGUUUGCCCUCACCAUGGUAGCAGUUUGGGCCUUCGUGAGAUACCGAAAGCAGCUUUGAAAUGCUUGCUGUCUUCCAGUGUGUCCAAUGAACUAUCUCUCAUUCACGGUCUCUGACACCCUUCUAUAUUCUUUCUUCUCCACGUAUACAACACAUGAUUUAAAGUGACUGCUUAUCACCCAAAACCCCGCUAUUCAAAAUCUCCAAGACUUCAAUUCUAAUGAAAGAGUAAAGGAAUUAUUUGAAGAAAAGCUGGGAGUGGGGGGGGGGGCUUGCUUAGAAUAAACGAAAAGUUAUAUAUUUUACUAGAACUGCCAAUAAAAAUUCAGCUAUCAUCCAAAGAGGAAAAGCUCAGUCUUCCUGUCUCCAUGGAUGACACCUUUUUCUUAGCUGGUGUGCUUUGAAGGCUAGCUAUGUGAAAGGAGGAGCUGGUUUUCUUUUUCUUUUCUCUUCUUUUCUUUCUUUCUUUUUUUCUUUCUUUCUUUCUUUCUUUCUUUCUUUCUUUCUUUCUUUCUUUCUUUCUUUUUUUUUUUUUGAAUGCUUUUUCUUGGGAAGUAUUUGUGGCCUUUAAUUUGUAACUAUAUACCUAGAUACCUAUAUUGGACAUAGGUGAAUGGAAUUUUUUCUUUCUUUUUUUUUUUUUUAGUUAAAAAAGAAAAUACAUAUAUACUGUAACACACACACACACACACACACACACAGUAGCAUAAAAUUGAUGACUUAUGUAGAACUAAAAAGGUGAGAAAACUACUGGUUCCUGGGUUUCUAAUGGACAAUUUUUUUGGGACUAGGGGAUCAUAUUCCUUUAUAUAUAAUCAAGACUCAUACUGAAGAAUGAGUUCUGGAUUGUAAAGAGAACUUACUUUUUCCGCUUGUCUGUCUUUGUCCACAAGUUAAAAACAUACACAGUGCUAAGGGAUGAUUGUAACUGAAACACUUCAAGAACUAUUAGCAGAGCAUGUAUAAUGGGGGUGGGAAAGUUAGCUUUAAAAGACAAUGCUCAGUCAGUGGCAUUAAGAAAAUAAUGACUGAAGUAAUUAGUUAAAAAUUGUAGAACGGCUUGUGUUACACAGUAGCUACAGUGGUGUGGGAAACUGUGGUAAGGUAGCUCUACUCAAGUCAAUUUGUUCAAAAGACUGAGGUAUAAAGAUGAUUCCUGCCAGUCUAUUUCACAGUACUGUUCAAGGAUCUGUUGGCAUGGGGAUGGGACGCAGGAGGGCCAAAUAAACCAUCCAGACAACUGAAAAAAGAUCAUGCCUCAAGGUGGCACUUGAAUCCCGAAAGCCACUCAACAGUUUUCAGUUUGUAGUAUCAGGCAAAGCCUAAGGGAAGGAACUGCCUUUCUGGCAGGACUCUGAUUGAGUUAAGAUGAGAAGGCCUGAAUUGAUUUGAGUUUUUCUUUUUGUGUAUUUUCCCCCCAAAGCUAUAAACACUGGUUUUGGUUUUAAUAAGGUCAAUGGACUAUUUUUCAGAAAAAGGGAAGGAAUAAGUUUUGUUUGUUGUAGAGGGUACAAGGAAACGUGGUGAGCAUCUCUGAGGAAAGCCUGAGUCCACGUUGUAGAUGAUAGAUGCCAGAAAAUAGCAGGGGUGUUGUCGAGGUGGGAGCUGUCCUGUUCAGGCAGCAUCUAAAGUGGUUUCAAAGUACUGAGGAUAGUUGAACCAAGCCUAAUUUUUUCACUUUAACAAAAUAAUUUCCAUCUUUUCAAUAAAUUAUUAGACAUUAUUUUGACAUAAGAUUAUGAGCAGUUUUCCUGACAGUCUAGCAGCCACUUAAUAGAUGUUGAUUGCACAUUAGUUUUGUCAAGACACCUUUAGGGAAAUGCACACACCUCAUCCAAAAGGACAUUGUGAUUACAGUUAGGAAGAAAACCCUUAAGAUGGAAUUAGCCAUGUAAGUGUAAGUUGUUUAUAUUACAGACAGCAAAAGAAAAUAGCUCCUGAGAUCUGGGCACUGAAGAUUUCACUUAGGAGGGCAUCUUUAGGUACCAGUCAUCUAGUAAGAGCAUGCAUAAAUAGCUGAAAAGUUAGUCUUAGGUUGAGUAAUAAACGAACCAGUAAGAAAAAUACUGCCAUGCAAAACAGCACAGUGCAGCAACAUAGAAGAUAAGCAGAUAACCAGCAAGUAUUGUAAGGAAUUCAGGAAAGGAAAGCCAUAGGGUGGUGGCAUCUGGGGAGAAUGGAGAGGAAAGUCUUGAAUAGUCUAAUGAGAUUUUGCCUCUGGGUAAACAAACUGUUAAUACAGGGAGACAUUUGCUUUAAACAAUCUUCACAUAACAAAGCCAUUCAGUACUUUUUGAAACUGACUUAGUAUCAGGAGUCAUUGUAAGUUCCACAGAAAGCAAGACGUAUUCCAGUUCUUGUCUUGACAGCAGCACUCUGGGGGCCCAGUGUCUGGUACCCUCCUUAUAUUUGAUGGCCUGGGUGAUGGCUCUGCCAUAGGCCUGCUUACCUCUAGUAUUCACCUCAGGGCUUGGAAAUUUAUUUUGAAAGACCUUCAGACAUACAAAGUAAAACAAAUGGCAAGGAGGAUAAAACACUGUUGUUUGUUGAUGUGUUGUAUUGUUGAUAUAGAUCAAAAAUAUCAUUGGUAGAAGUUUUACUUUGGUUGAUAAGGAUUCUGGUAACACUUGGAUCUCCUUAGGAAAGAAACAACAUUUGACCAAAACAUUCAAGUUGUAGGCAAGUACUUUAAUAUUUUACUCUUGGUUAGUUGUAUGAAAACUAAAACUAUAAUAUUUGAGAUGUUGAGAAUCUAUAUAGAUUAUUCAAAUUUUAUGUUCUUUAUAGAGUGACUCAAAUAUUCCUACCACCUUAAAGAUUAUAUAUGAUGUUCCUACCACAUAAAUUAUAAUGUUUAAUGUUUUGAAAAUUGAUUGUAAGUAUUUUUAAGUCCCCAGAAAGUAUUUCUUGUAUUUGUCAUUGUGAAUAUAUGUAAUUCUUAUAGAUA